AUGACGGAGGAUAAAUCCAGCACUAGUCAGUCUGUGGUCGAAACGAUAAACGCGCCACGGCUCAGUCCGCCCAGUAUGGCCGACACGAACAUUGAGACAUAUUUCAUGUCGUUGGAAUUCUGGUUUGCUGCAUCAGGAAUCGGUACGCAUUCUCAACACGACUCGCGGAAAUACAACAUUGUAAUGGCACAGGUGCCGCCAAAUAAAUUGACAGAGCUACGAUCGAUCAUAGAGGCUACUCCGGCAAAUGACAAAUACACCUACAUCAAGCACAAAUUGAUCGAGUAUUUUGCCGAUAGUCAGCAACGGCGUCUACAACGUGUUUUGUCCGAUAUGCCACUGGGAGAUCUGAAACCGAGUCAACUCUUCAACGAAAUGAAGCGGGUUGCAGGAAAUUCGCUUGGUGAACCGGUGUUGCUUGAUCUGUGGGCAUCCAGAUUACCGCCACAUGCCCAAGCAGCAGUUAUCGCAUCAAGAGGAGACGCGACGGACAAAAUCACCAUCGCCGACGCCAUUGUGGAUUCGAUGGUUUUGCGAAAAAUCAACGCCAUCGACUACAGUGUACAAAAUACAGCGAUGGCGGCUCCAAAUGUACUGGAAAGUACAUGCAAUGACCCGAUGCAGGAUCUGAAACGUGAAAUCGCUGAGCUAUCUAGGAAAUUCGAAAAAGUGCUGCUCAGCCAGAAAAAUUUUCGUGGUCGUUCACGUUCCCGUUCUCGUGUAAAUGAGAAACAAUCUACUCGCGGAAGAGAACCGUCGAUCGGGCUAUGCUGGUAUCAUCGAACGUUCGGAAACGAUGCCCGGAGGUGCCGUAAACCCUGCUCCAAUGGCCAGCAGGUGUGUUCCAAUUCACAGUGA